CCCAAACACACGGACAUGGAUAACUUUCAUUGUGUGCAAUCCCAGUGGCACAGGGAGAGGGUAAGAUUUAUCCACGAUUUGGCAGCACAGUUCUAACCUCUUCCGAAGUAACAUAACCUAAGCGGGAAUUGUACAUCAUCUGUCUUAUUUAUGUAAAGUUUUCUGUUUUUCUAAAAGAAUAGUUUAUUUUUUUUAAAUAAUUGACGAAGUAUAAACUGUAAGUUAAAAAUAUCAUAAUGCAUAUAAAACGUUUAUUGAGUGCAAGAACAUUUUUUCAACAAGUUUAUUACAGAAAAACUAACACUUAUAGUAAUACCGAUAAAAAUGUAUUAAAACUGAAAGAAAGGGGUAUGUACGAGGAUAUAUUUCCCAAUAAUUGUACCGAAGAGAUAACCAAAUUAUUAACCAAAUCUCCACAAUGUGUUUACGCUGGAUUCGAUCCAACAGCGAACAGCUUACACAUAGGAAAUUUAUUAAUUUUGAUGAAUCUUUUACAUUGGCAACGUGCAGGACAUCAAGUAAUUGCAGUAUUGGGUGGUGCGACUGGUUUAAUAGGUGAUCCUAGUCAUCGAAAAUCAGAAAGAGUUGAAAUCGAAGAAGUACUCUUAAAAGAAAAUUUGGUAUCCAUCAAAGAAGACAUAAUAAAUGUAUUUAAUAAUCAUCAAAAAUAUUUUUGGCCUGAUAAAACAAGAAAAUUGAAACCAUUGCAAAUUUUGAAUAAUUUACAUUGGUAUAAGGAUAUUAAUAUUAUUCAAUUUGUAAGAAAAGUUGGAAAGUAUUUCAGAUUAGGUACAAUGUUAGGAAGAACAUCUGUUCAGUCACGUUUGAAUUCAGAAACUGGAAUGAGUUUUACCGAAUUUACGUAUCAAGUAUUUCAAGGAUACGAUUGGUUAUACUUAGCAGAUAAUCAUAAUUGUUUAUUUCAAAUUGGUGGAAGCGAUCAAAUGGGUAAUAUUAUAUCUGGAUAUGAUUUGAUUACGAAAGCCACAGAUAAAACAGUUUAUGGUUUAACGUUGCCACUUAUAACCACAGAAGGUGGUAAGAAGUUUGGAAAAUCUAGUGGCAAUGCUAUUUGGUUAUCUCCUACUAAAUCCUCUAGUUUUCAACUUUAUCAAUUCUUUAUUAGAACUAGAGACAGUGAUGUUGAAAAUUUUCUCAAAUUCUUUACCUUUUUAUCGCUCUCAAAAAUAUCCGACAUUGUAACGGAACAUUUUAAAAAACCGGAGGAUAGAUUGGCACAAAAAAUUUUAGCUGAAGAAGUUACUCUUCUAGUUCAUGGAGAACUUGGAGUAAAAGCAGCAAAAGAUGCAUCUAUGGUGUUGUAUAAUAAAUCUAUUGAAACUUUAGUUAAAAUGAGUGCAGAAGAUAUAGCCAAUGUAUUCGAAGGUGCAACAGUUGUUGAUUUAUUUGCAGAACCAGGCUUGACCGUAUACGAAUUAGCAACAAAAGCUAAAUGCUUUAAAAGUGAUCAUGAUACGCGUAGAAUUAUAGAAGCUGGUGGAUUUUAUAUUAAUUAUAGUAAAGUUACUAACUUAAAUGAAGUUUUAGUAUCUGGUAUUCAUAUACUAUCUAAUAAUGUAACCCUUUUGAGGGUUGGUAAAAAAACUUAUUUUAUAGUACGAUGGAUCAGUGGAUCAUUGGAAGAAUAUAAUUGAUUUUAAUUAUUAAUUUUGUUUAAAUCUUUAAAUUAAUUGUUUAUAAAAAACAACAGAAAAAAAAUAUAUCUUAUGAAAUUAACUAAUGUACUACAUUACCAUUCGAAUUUGUAUCUGUAAUAAUAUUUAAUCGCGUCGGUAAAGUAGAACACACGUAGUGUUAAAUUUAAAGAUUAGAUUGAUAUUAAUUUCUUCUAUAAACAAAUACAACACGAUGAUAAAAUAUUGUUUUUUUUUUUUUUUUAUGGAAUGUUUGAAGAAUUAUAAACUUGAUUUUGCCAAGUUGAUAAAGUAGAGAAUAAAAACAAAAAAAAAAAA